AUGGCAGCCAAAAUAAAAAGUGAGACCGGCAAAGCCCCCGUGCGUCGCCCAACUUACGGCAAAAAACCACGAGUUUUGCGUCUGGAUAAUGUUGUAGAUGAUACAAACAAAUUUAUGAUAGGUUCUGAGGUCGGUGAUUAUCUCGGCAUUUACAGUGGCUCAAUCUACAAAAGGUUUCCCUUGCUCUGGAGAAAAGUGACAUCAGCAACAGAGCGCAAGAUGUUACUCAAGAUUCUGGAUUGUAUUUGUCCCGACAGUCACAACCUUCCCUACUUCGUUACUCUCGUGAAGGCUACAGAAAUUGAGGAGAUAGUCGAGGGCCGAGAUGUAAAGUACCGGGGAGCCAAAAAGACGGUGAAAGCCAAAAAGACUGUGAAAGCCAGAAAGAGGGUGAAAACCAGAUAUACUGUGAAAACCAACAAGGCUAUGAAAGCCAAAAAGACCUUGAAAGCUCCUUCAAAACACUCAUCUCUACCCUCUCCUUUGAUUUUGCCACAAGAAUGCCAACUUUUGACCAGUGCAAGCUCUGAGAAUAAUGAAUUUUUGUUCUUAACACCCGACUGUUUGAAGUACAUGGACACUAUUGAGCAGGCUCCAUUAUGAUAGUAGACUUGUGGACAGGUUGUUAGUGGUCUGCCGCGCUGAGAUAGUCAAGUUUUGGUGGUGCUCUCGCGAGAUCACUACUCUCGGGCAAGCUGCUGGUUGCCCACUUCUACUCCCCAUUGGACUGUAGUCAUGAGAGCAGUAGACUCGUGGGGGCAGCAGUCUCACGAGAAUACCGCAGGAAUUGCAGGGAGAUUCGGAAUAGAGUCGGAACGCUAUCACCACGACAGACAUUUAAAGACCUGUCCACAAGUCUAUUAUGACAGUGAUUAAUUCUCUGGCACCGCAAUAUUCAUCUGUAAUCAAUGCAAUUUCCAGGCUUUCAGUGCAUUGAUGGAUAUUACUACUGGACAGUGACAAGUAUUUGGAACCGCAGAGAAAUAGAAUGCUAAGUGUGUCACUGUGGAUACGGUUUCGUUGUGUGACUAUUUUUAUGGACUCGCAUAUGCCAUUUUUGUUCGCGUGUAUGCAAAUUAUUUUGCCAUACAGUAGACGUCACAUUGACCAAUGAAAACAUGGGAACGGUCUAUGUGCGCUGCCAU